AUGGAAAAUCUAACAACACUUCCUGGAUUUGUUAGUUCGGCCAGCGAUGGGAGUACUUUUAAUUCUGCUGACGGCGAUUCCGGUGCUCAGGAUAUGUUUGGUGAUUCUCUUUCUCUAGCAGAACUUCGUAAAGCCUAUCCCGAAUUGUAUCAAUUUAUGUGUCAGACAGAUCAAAAUUUUGAGGAUUCCGAAAUUUCCGAGAGUAAAGAGGCAUUUUCCUGGUCCCAGCUUGGCAAGAAUCUAAAGGAUCAGGAUUUUGAACACGACUUUGACAUGUCCCAACUCCUCAAGGAAUCAAGCUCUGUGAAUUCCUUAAUGAUAAUUCGCAAAGCGAUGUCUUCGGUCUUUGAAUGCCUUAAUACUGUCCAUGUUCAAAAGACGCUGAAGCUUCGCCUUGAAAUAAGGGAUUUAUGUUGUAGACUUCAAAACUUGCAGACAAGUCGGGAGAUUGAUCAACGUGAAAUCUAUCGUCUUCAACGCGAGAACGACCGAUAUCGACGAGAAUUAACCCAACAAGCCUCCCGCUACGAAGACCGCAUAACUGAACUGCACGGCGUCCUGGAGGAGUUAAAACGCAAGGCUGCAGAGAUGCAAACGUCCGCCACAUCAGCUGCAUCGGUGGCUGAUGCCACUGUCGGUGUAGACGAUCUUGUGGAAGUUAGUGAUAAUGAUACCGAUGAUGGCCAAGAUACGGAAGGAGCUUGCGCAAACUGCGAAUACGAUACACGAGAAAAUGAAGAUAGGUCCGAUAUCAUGGUAAGAUUUAAAGUCAUUUUUUGCUUUCUUAACUUGAUUCCACUAAAGAGAAUAGUAGAGGGCUAG